AUGGAGAAGAUCUCAGUGUCAGCAUUCUUGCUCCUUGUCGCCCUCUCUUACACACUGGCCAAAGAUAUCACAGUCAAACCAGGAGCUAAGAAGGACACAAAGGACUCAGCACCCAAACUGCCCCAGACCCUCUCCAGAGGUUGGGGUGACCAACUCAUCUGGACUCAGACAUACGAAGAAGCUUUAUACAAAUCCAAGACAAGCAACAAACCCUUAAUGAUUAUUCAUCACUUGGAUGAAUGCCCACACAGUCAAGCUUUAAAGAAAGUGUUUGCUGAAAAUAAAGAAAUCCAGAAAUUGGCAGAGCAGUUCGUCCUCCUCAAUCUAGUUUAUGAAACAACUGAUAAACACCUUUCUCCUGAUGGACAGUAUGUCCCCAGAAUCAUGUUUGUUGACCCAUCCCUGACAGUUAGAGCUGACAUCACUGGAAGAUACUCGAAUCGUCUCUAUGCUUACGAACCUUCAGAUGUAGCGCUCUUGCUUGACAACAUGAAGAAAGCUCUCAAAUUGCUGAAGACUGAAUUGUAG